CAGUUCUGGUGCGCAGUGCUGGGAGAAUGAAAAAAAGUGACAUAAAUGGCGGAAUUGUGCUCAAGCGCCAACAUUUGUAUUUAAUUGAGAAUUAUAAUAAAAAUACGUGAAUAUUUUCAUUGUUGAAACACGCAGCAAAUCGAUAACGCCAACAAAUUAGUAACCAAACAUCGAACGGAGACUUUUAUUUGAGUGCGCGCCAUGUACAAGCGUAAAUCUGCGACAAUAGUCACCAAGCAGCGGAUCACUGCCAGCAGCAGCAGUCCCGAUACUGAUGACACCGCCAGUGUCCACGAUGACCUGAAGGCUGUCAAACAGCCCUAUGGCACCUUCCACAUAGACCUGCCUCUGGAUGCGAAACAACAAAAGCCCAAAAUACAAAAACAGCAACAACAACAAUCACAAGCUCUACCAACUCAAGCACAGCCAAGUCCACAACAGCAGCAGCGCUCUGUGGGUUCGCUGGUAUUGUUGACCCAAAAAUUCGUUGAACUAAUGAAGCGGAAUGGCGGCACCAUAGAUCUGAAAGAAGCCACCAAAAUCUUGGACGUGCAGAAGAGACGCAUCUAUGAUAUCACCAAUGUGCUGGAGGGCAUCGGGCUAAUUGACAAGGGGAGACACUGUUCGCUAGUGCGUUGGCGCGGCGGCGGCUUUAACAAUGCCAAGGAAUGCAAGGACUAUGACAUCGCCUGUGAGCAAACGAAUCAUCUGAAAUCAAUAGAGGAGGAUUUGGAUAGGCAAUUGGAUUAUGCGCAACGCAACCUGAACUAUGUGAUGCAGGAUCCAGUUAAUCAAUCGUACGCGUAUGUCACGCGAGACGAUCUACUUAAUCAGUUUGGUGAUGAUUCCGUAUUUACCAUACCAAACUGUGACGAAGAGGUCGAAAUUCAGCGCAGUGACAAUGAGCUGCGUGUUUCAUUGGACAAUGGGAGCACAAUCGACAUCCGUUUGGUUACCAACCAGGGUAAGGGCACUACGAAUCCUAAUGAUGCAGAUGGGCCCUUCGAUGAUCGAUAUUCGGAUGAGCAGUCGCCAAUGUCGUCACCGUCGCAUUCCAGUGAUACUGGUGGAGGCACUGGCAACAUUAUAAAGGACGAGCAUACGUAUUCCUGUAAUCCCGAACUGAAGGAGGAGAUGAAGGCACUGGAGAAUGAACUGACGGCAAAGAUAAUCUUUCAAAAUUAUAUGGCUGGCCACUCAAUGAGGCGAUUUUACCCCGAUGAUCCAGAUUUAGAAAAUCCGCCUUUAGUGCAACUGAAUCCGCCACAAAUAGACUUCAAUUUCGUGCUGAAAAACGAUGAAGGCAUCUGCGAACUUUUUGACGUACAGUGUUAGGCAAACCAUGUGUUGUUGGCUGGAUUGGCAGCUCGCAGUUUUAAUUGGCCGCGUGCGUUGUGCAAAUAUUUAAGAUUAGUAAAAUUCUUGACCUUUAAUAUUGUUUUAUAUUGUAGACAUUUUAAAUUAGAUUAAUUGUAAUGUACACUUUUGGGCCAAUAAAUUACGUCGAUGCGUAUUCGUAUACAAA